AUGGCUCCGCCCGGCGCCCUCCGGGACCUGACGCUGGCCCUGGGGGCCGCCGUGGCCGCCCUCGGCUCCCUCCUCUUCAUCGCCUGGAAGAUCUACUUCCGCGGCACCGGCACCGGCACGGGCUGGAGCGGCUGGUGGGAGCGGGAGCUGCGGGAGCUGCGGGACCGAGCCCCCGCCGGCGACGCCCUGGACUGGCGGCAGGUGCUGGUGCUGGGGCUGGACGGGGCGGGGAAGAGCAGCGUCCUGCACUACAUCUGCAGCCAGACGGCCAGGGAGCGCAUCGCACCCACCCGCGGCUUCAAUUCUGCCCAGCUUUAUGUCGAGGGACUGGAGAUGGACCUACUGGAGGUGGGGGGCAGCCAGAACCUGCGAGCAUACUGGCCCCACUACCUGAGCCAGGCCCAUGUGCUGGUGUUCGUGGUGGACUCGGUGGACAGGUCGCGCCUGCUGACUGCGCGCCAGGAGCUGCAUGCGCUGCUGGCCGCGGAGCCCCGGCUGCCCCUGGUCGUGCUGGCCAACAAGCAGGACAAGAGCAAUGCCCUGAGCGCGGCAGAGCUGCGGGAGGAGCUGGCCCUGCACACACUCAGCGGGCAGCGGGAGCUCUUCCUCCUGCCCACCAGCGCGACCUGGGCCAGCUUGAGCACUGCCACCAGCGUCCUCCACGUGAAGAGCCUGCUGAUCACCCUGCUCUCCCAGCCCUGA